UUAGUUAUAUACGAAAGAUAUUUAUUAAAAAUAACUGUUGUACCACCCAGAGAAAAUAAUAAACCUAUUAAAAGAUAUUUGCUUGCGCUAUUCAUAAAGUGAAAAUCAGCCUUACAAUGCUAUCUUACGUACCACAUAAAGAAUGAAAUACUGUGCCAAACAUUGUAUCGUAGUCACAGCUGAUUGUGAAAGGAGAAUGUAAACAAAAACACGUAGUAUAGUUAUUAGAAAAAAAUUCAUAUAUCGAUAGAAGAAAUACUCAUUCAUUAAAUUUAAUGUAACACCAGAUAAUAUCAAAUGGCUGGAGAAAGAAAUAUUCUUAAUUUACGAUUUAAUCAGGAUCAAGGAUGUUUUACAUGUUGCAUGGAAUCUGGUCUUAGAGUAUACAAUGUAGAACCAUUAGUUGAAAAAGCACAUUUAGAUAAUGACAUAAUGGGAAGUAUAGCUAUUGCAGAGAUGCUUUGGAGAACAAAUAUCAUUGCCAUAGUAGGUGGUGGUACAAAACCAAAGUUUGCAGAAAAUACAGUACUUAUCUAUGAUGAUUUAUCGAAAAAGUUCGUAAUGGAAAUUACAUUUACCAGUCCUAUAAAAGCUAUACGAUUACGUAGGGACAAAAUGAUAGUGGCACUUCAGCGAGAAAUACAUGUUUUCUCAUUUCCUAUGCCAACACGAAGAUUGUUAACUUUAGAAACCAGAGAUAAUCCAAAAGGAUUAGUUGAAGUUGCUACAUUAGCUGCUGCACAAAAACAACUUCUUGCUUUUCCUGGUCAUAAACAGGGUAGUGUACAAUUGAUUGACCUUGGUGCUACAGAAGCUGGAAGUUCUAGUGCUCCUGCAACUCUAGCAGCACACCAGGGAGCACUGGCCUGUCUCGCAGUUAACAGUAGUGGAACAAUGAUAGCAACUGCUUCCACUCAAGGUACUUUAGUUAGAGUAUGGGAUAGUAUACGUAGACACUUAUUAGUGGAAUUGAGAAGAGGUGCUGACCCUGCAACACUUUAUUGCAUUACAUUUAGUAGAGAUUCGGAAUUUCUAUGUGCUUCCAGUGAUAAGGGAACUGUACAUAUAUUUGCAUUAAAAGACACACACUUGAAUCGUAGAUCGACUUUCUCAAAAAUGGGAUUUUUGGGAAAUUAUGUUGAAAGUCAAUGGGCAUUGGCUACAUUUACAGUACCACCAGAAUGUGCUUGUGUAUGUGCAUUUGGUACAAGAAGUUCUGUUAUAGCCAUUUGUGUGGACGGAACAUUUCAUAAAUAUGUUUUUACUGCCGACGGAAAUUGUAACCGUGAAGCAUUUGAUGUCUUCCUAGAUGUUUGUGAUCAUGAUGACUUUUAACACAAACUUUAUAUUGUAUUUAUAAGAUGAUAUGUCUAUAGAGAAGUUUCUAGUCAUUUCAAGUAAGAAACUUCUUGCAGCUGAUAUCUGUACAGUAACAUAAUUAUAUUAAUAAUUAUAAGAAGAGUACAAAUCAUUA